AUGCUCGCGCCUCGGUCUCAAUUUCUACGGCCUUUUCUAUUCUCCGUCCUCGUUGUUUCGGCUCUUUCUUCUAAACUGCUUCACCUAUUGCAACACGUGAACUCCGUUCCCACCCCUCUUUUUAUCGUCUAUUUCACCACUUUUUUCAUCCAGGAGGCGAUUCUCUUCGUCGCGGUGUGGUUUUCGCUACAAAAGACUUCCGGAGGCAAAAACGUCCUAGCAACUGUCUUUUCGGGGAUACUGACAUGUAUUACUCUGUUCGCUGCCUCGUCCCAGCUUGGCUUUUACUCCGUCACUGGCAAUGAAGUCCGUUGGGAUGCCGCCAAAAGCGUCGGCAAUGAUCCGGAGGGGAGGAAACUGAUGCUCAGCGGCCUGAGACCUGUUCUCGUCGCGACUGUAACCCUUCUGAUCGCAUCGUGGUUACUAGCUUCUAGCAUUUACGGAUUAAUGACCCACUGGAUGACCGCCCUUUUUACUCGGACCGACACUGAAGAUUCGAGCAAACAAUUGCCAGGCGCGUUUUUAAACAGCCGAUUCCCAACUGGAAGCCCGGUCCGAUUCUGGACUGGAUGCGCCACCGCAGGAACGAUAGUGUUGUGGCUGAUUCGACCCUCGGUACCGUACAGACACAUCUCAGGCGCCCUUCCAUUUACUUUAUUCCAGGCUCUUGGCCCGCACCCCGGAUCGCAUCAUACUGCCGCCGUAACGUUUCCGUUUCCGAAUUUGGUUCGAGGGGAGUUAUGGGAAUCUGCUCAUGGGUAUUAUAAAGGCUGGGCUCCAGGCGUUGAUGGUCUCCCUUAUGCUGAGGAUUAUUUCAACAACCGGCCUAACUGGGCUUCCGGCGAGUUGCCUGACGGGUUUAAACGAUGGACCGAUCAGGGUCUUAAUGCGAACGAUUCCAGUGUCGACAAUGGCAAUGCAAGCGAACCGAUUAAUUUUUACAACCCCGUGUCCGACCCAUUAAGAAUAACGAACCUGGAUCUCGACAUGUUGGAACCGUUGGAGCAGGCAUUAAAAGAACACCACGUCCCGAUCACGCAUGUUAUGCUCGUCAUGAUGGAAAGCACCCGGAAAGAUGUGUUCCCUUUGAAAUCCGGGUCGUACCUUCACGACAAGAUUAUUGAAUCGUAUGGCAACACGGACUCGGAAACUAUCGCACUAGUCAACGCCAAUCUAUCACAGAUGACGCCCGUCUCAGAGCAACUUACCGGUGAGUCUAGUGGAUUUUCGAACACAGACAACAUCAACCUACCAGAAGGGCUAUGGAAAGACACCGCGAAAUCCGGAAUGGGUGGUAUCAAUGUUGGUGGGAUAACGACCGGUAGCAGCCUUUCGUUCAAAAGUGCUGUCGUGAAUCACUGCGGUGUAGGACCGCUACCAGUUAACUUCAUGGACGAAGUCCAUGCGGAUAUCUACCAGCCGUGCAUCAUGCAGAUCUUCGAGUUGUUCAAUCGGUUGAAAGGCGAUUUGUCAAGCAGUACCAAGGCCAACUCUGCUAAACCAGUCCACGAUCGCAAAUGGAAGUCGGUUUUUGCGCAGUCCAUUACAGGACUGUAUGACAGUCAGGAUGUUCUUAACGAGAAGAUGGGUUUCAAUGAGAGCAUCUACCGGGAGGAUAUCUUCAAAUCCAGUGCUAAAUACUAUCACUCGGAUAUGGAGAAGAUCAAUUACUUUGGAUACCCUGAGCCUGAAGUCUAUCCAUACCUGAAAGACGUAAUCGAGGAUGCGAAGAAAAGCAACACUAGGCUCUUUCUAUCUCAUUUCACGAGUACCACUCACCAUCCCUGGAACACACCCUCGGGGUACAAAGACGAAAAGUACUUCAAUGAGGACAACUUGCUGUCAGACCAUGAACAUAUGAACAAAUUCCUGAACACAAUACGCUACGUAGACACCUGGUUGGGUGACAUGAUGAAGCUGCUGGAAGACACGGGCAUUUCCGAUGAGACAUUGGUUGUUUUCGUUGGAGACCAUGGACAAGCAUUCGAUGAAGAUGCCCCUGUUUCGGGAACCUACGAAAAUGGUCAUAUUAGCAACUCCCGUGUUCCAUUAGUUUUCCGUCAUCCUCAAUUGCCGCGUAUGCAGAUCAACGCCAAUGCGACAUCACUGUCUAUCGUCCCCACCAUCUUGGACCUUCUAAUCAGUACGGGGUCUCUGAAUGCGAAGGACACAGACAUUGCCCGCGAUUUGACAAACGAAUAUGAAGGACAAUCCCUCAUCCGUCCAUACAAAGCGAUCCAUAAUGGUCGCCAGGCAUGGAACUUUGGCAUCAUCAACCCCGGAGGCACUAUGCUCAGCGUUGGAUCCGCUGCAGUUCCAUACCGUAUCAUCCUCCCACUGUCGGAAGACUUUGAGUACAAGUUUUCGCAUUUGGAGAAAGACCCCAAUGAGCUGGCAAUCAUCUCCGACUGGGAUCUGGAUCAACUCUCCUACCAAGUCCGCCGGGCACAUGGCGAUGAAGCAGGGGACUGGGUGAAGGACGCCGACAAGAUCGGUCGGUGGUGGGUGCAGGAGCGCAAACGGCUCUGGAAUCACCGGGAGCACAAAUAG